GAGGGGAAUUGGGGUGGGAAUUGAGGGUACCAGUGAGGGGCACUGCUGGAGUCUGGGGCUGGAAGGAGGAGAAGCAAGAGGGUCAGGAUGGUCCGUCAGCAGAGCAUCUGAUGAGGGGCUGCUCAAGGAAGAAGGAUCUGAGAGUCCUUUCCCAUCCCUCAUAUCUCCAUGUUCUGCUCCCACUUUCCCCAAGAUCCCAGAAAAAGGACAUGCUUUUUGGGAAGGAAUCAGUCUGUUGAACCCCCACGUGUUGGAACAGGCUUGGGUGGGCAGAGAGGCAAGAAAGCUUUGGAUGUGCUGUAGGGUCUGGCCAACAUCCCUCGUGGCAAUACAGAGGGGUCUGAGCAGUGGCUGCUCCUGAGUUGGAAUCCCAGGGCUGGUUGCAGUGUUAGUCUCUAAACCAGUGACCUGUGGGUUGAGGCAGCCCAUGUCCCAUUUCUCGUUUCUGCUCUGCUCUCCUCUCCACCAGCCCUCUCCAUGCAAAUCCCUUACUGCCCUUGGCAGAGGAUCCUCUUCUGUACAAACAUGCUCCAGGCUGUGCUGAGGUGGGAGUUUUCCUGGUGACUUACCAUGUGUCAGCCAGGGACAUCAGAGGAAGAGUCCAGGAAGGAUGUGCUGGCAGGUUCGCUCCAUGCCCUGCUGAGCUGGUGCAAGUAUACCUUGUGAGUGGUGUGAUGGGCAUGUCCUGGCAUUUAACUAUGAGUGGGGCAAGGUGAGCCACUUGUUUUGUUUUAAUUCUCAGAAUUCUGGCAGCAGCAGCAGCAAAGCACUGGUCUGUGAUGGGAGAGAGCUCAGGGUGUGAUUUGUGCACUCCCUGUGUGUGAUUCAGCCCUCGCUGACAGCGUCAAGGCUAUGCCGAUGGGCUUUACUGCAGGUGGAGGAAGCCAAUUCCUGAUGUGCCAUUGAGGCUGGAAUGACUUUAUUAUUGUUCCUCAUUAGGAAGGUUAAAGAGAAAUUUCGUCAGGAUUGUUUAGAAAAACUGUUCCAUGUUGGGAGAGAAGGGAUGAGGAACCUGCUCUGGCUGUAAUGUACUGCUGCAAAAGUGAGGCUCCUGAAGGCCAUUUUAUGGCCCCACUGAGGCAGAGGCUGGUGCCCCUGCCUCUGAAGGAGGGCAGUCGCUGCCUGCAAAGGGAGCUGUGACUGACAUCACUGACCACAAAAACGGGCAAUCCUGAUGAGAGUGAUGCUCCAGUGCAGGGGAUUGGGGUCGUAUUUCUGAAUCUCACACUUGUGCCCUAUUGUAGAUGUACCUGAUCUGCUUGGUGCUGUAGGGAACACCCACCACACUCAGGCCAGUGUGUUGGGAGCCUUGACUUUUUGGGGCAGGGGAUUUGCAUCCUUUCUUCAUCCUCUCCUGAACAGCUGCGGGUCCUGGUGCCAUGUCAGAGCCAGAAGGGCGAGCAACACCAGGGCUUACUCUCAGCCCAGCACUCACAGGUCGCUGCCGAGCUGCCCGUCCUGGUGGGAGCUGGUGACACUGGUUUAUUGCUGGUGCUCGGCUGCUUCGCAAGUCAUCCUGUGUUGGGGGCAGCAAUAGGAAACAGGACUUUUCCAUUGGGGUGGGAGGAGCAGCUAAGCCUGGCUAAUGUCAAGGAGGGUACGUGGGUGCAAAUAGCAUUAUGUUCACAACAUCUUUGUUUAAUGUUUUAGUCCAGUUAGUCUGCAUAACUGUCUAAAAAUAGGACAUAUUUUCUCUAAGUCCUUUAGUUCAAAGCCUCAUAAGCCACUUUUUCCAGCACUGGUCUCUUACUGCUGUUCUGAUCCUGAAAUUCGUAUAAUGCAAAGUUAUCGGGAAAACCAAGAAGAGUGAAUGAACUCUGUCAAAUCCUUAAGUUUCAGCCACCUGAGAGGGAAGUUCAUUAAAGUUGCAGGAACUUUCUGACAGCCUCCUGAAGGUGGAUUAAGCAAGCUGAGUAAACAAGCCACCUUACAGCCACCACAGACCCUUUUCUAGCAUCAGCUUCAUGUAUUGUCAUUAAAGCUCAGGGUCAUCAGCCUUUAACUGCAGGUGACGUAAGGCAAAGGGGACAUCCCGAUGCUGAAAGCCUGGUGAGGAGUUGGGGCUGUCUCUGCUGGGACACCCGGUGAUUUACUCUACCUCCCAGUCCUGGGGCAGAUGCUGUGACCGCAUGCAGUAGAGGGAGUGUGUGUUUAAAUUUCAGAGCUGCUGCUGGACCCAGCCCAAUGCUCCCAGCAGCAUAAAUAUCUGGCCUUCAGCACAGCUGUGGAAAUCUGCGUUCUGUCCUCUUGCAGAUUGCUCCAGGUUUCGGCUCUCCGUGCUGACAUGGUGACCGAGCGGUGGCUUUUGACAACAGGCAGACAGGGCCAGCAGCUCCACAGAGGUAACCCUUUCCCUUCACAUGCAGGCUAGUAGGAACAGCCUGGUGGGGUCCAUCUCGGAUAGACUCGGAUGAUGCCAGAGCUAUGACAGGGAUUGCAGUCUUGGCACUGAGGGGUGAUCAAUUAUGGAACAACUACAGGAGGAAGUACCUGAGGUCAAGGAAGAGGAAGAGGAAGAGGCAGUGAUGGUGGCAAGUAGAGCCUUGGACCCAACUGGAGGACCAGACAGCUCACUGCCUUCAAGCAGCUACACAGACAUGUCGCAGAGCUCCUCUCCCUCGCUGUCGGACCAGCUGCAGAUGGGCUGUGAGGAGGCAGCCCUGGGAGCAUUGAACGUGGAGUGCAGAGUCUGCGGAGACAAAGCCUCGGGGUUCCACUACGGCGUGCAUGCCUGCGAGGGCUGCAAGGGUUUCUUCCGCCGGACAAUCCGCAUGAAGCUGGAGUAUGAGAAGUGUGAGAGGAGCUGCAAGAUUCAGAAGAAGAAUCGAAACAAGUGCCAGUACUGCCGCUUCCAGAAAUGCCUCUCCCUGGGCAUGUCACACAAUGCAAUCCGCUUUGGGCGCAUGCCAGAGGCAGAGAAGAGAAAGCUGGUGGCAGGGCUGACGGCAAGCGAGAUCGGCUGCCAGAACCCGCAGGUGGCCGACCUGAAAGCUUUCUCCAAGCAUAUCUACAAUGCCUACCUGAAGAAUUUCAACAUGACCAAAAAGAAGGCGAGAGGUAUCCUGACCGGGAAGGCCAGCAGCACCCCACAGCCUUUUGUGAUCCAUGACAUGGACACCUUGUGGCAGGCAGAGAAGGGGUUGGUGUGGAAGCAGCUGGUGAAUGGCAUUCCCCCCUACAAGGAGAUUGGGGUGCACGUCUUCUAUCGCUGCCAGUGCACUACGGUGGAGACUGUGCGGGAGCUCACAGAGUUUGCCAAGAGCAUCCCCAGCUUCAUAGGCCUCUACUUGAAUGACCAAGUGACUCUGCUCAAGUAUGGGGUGCACGAGGCCAUCUUCGCCAUGCUGGCCUCCAUCAUGAACAAGGAUGGGCUGCUGGUGGCCAACGGGAACGGCUUCGUGACCCGUGAGUUCCUGCGUAGCCUGCGCAAGCCCUUCAAUGAGAUUAUGGAGCCCAAAUUUGAGUUUGCAGUGAAGUUCAAUGCGCUGGAGCUGGAUGACAGUGACCUGUCCCUGUUUGUGGCAGCCAUCAUCCUGUGCGGAGGAGGAGCGUGUACUUUGGAGGGCUGCCCCAUGACCCUGCAGCUACCGUGCUUCUUCUCCACAGACCGUCCUGGCCUGAUGAAUGUGAAGCAGGUGGAGGAGAUCCAAGACAACAUCCUGCGAGUGCUGGAGUUUCACCUACAGGCCAACCACCCAGAUGCUCAGUACCUUUUCCCCAAGCUGCUGCAGAAGAUGGCAGAUCUGCGGCAGCUGGUGACAGAACAUGCCCAGCUGGUGCAGAAGAUCAAGAAGACAGAGACAGAGACAUCUCUGCACCCACUUCUGCAGGAAAUCUACAAGGACAUGUACUGAGGACCUGUUAUUUAUGAGAAUGAAGCCAUGGAUUCCCAUCAAGACUCUUCAUACAGAAACAAAGAAAACCCUUUCCUGUGUCUUCCAUUUCUUCUACUGGAAACUCUUUUCUACGUGACCCUGACAUACGGUACGUAGGGCAAGAUGCUGUCACAAUUUGCAGCUGCCUCCUGCUUGGCCGGGGCCUCCGUUAACACACACUAACAAAUCUCCACAGCUGCUGUUUCCAUUACUGCGGCCCAGCUCCAGCUGCUCCCCAGGCCUCUGGAGCAGCCACCCGGUUUACAUGGCACAGGCAGUGUGGUUCUUACAGCACCCCAGGUCCCCAAGGUGGGAGGAGCUCUGGUCCUUAGGAGACCCGAGCGAGGUGCAGGGGUCCGGUGGGACCAGCAGUAGCACUUACAGCGUGUCUGUAUUUUCUUGUUUGUUUGCACUCCGAAGACAUAGUCCUGAGCCGUGAAGUCUGGGACAGUUGUGAUGUGAAAGGAUGUUUCUCUCUUUCCCAAAGAAAAGCCAGAGUAUUUGAACACUAGUAGGGCUGUCCUAGCAGGGACCCUCAGCAGCAGCCCCCUGUUCUGUGCAGUGUGUUCCUGUCUCCCAGAGGGACCGUGUGAGCUCUGCCUUCCUGAGUGCUGUGUGGGAGCCUUUGCUCCUGGCACCCUCAUUCCAGAGGAAAUGUGUUCUUUAGCACCUCAGUAUGAGAGGAGGGAUGGGGAGGUGAGAGGGCAAGGAUUUGACUUGUUAAAAUUCACCUUCACAGCAGAGGCUGGAACUUGUGGCUUCCACAGGCUGUUCUGCAUAGAUAUGAGUUACUAAAAAGGUCUGUGCAGGGUCAGGGGCUUUGGGCUGUUCAGGGUUUGGUGUCCUGCCUCAGUUUCCCUUGUGAAAGGGACCUGGAUUGUCACUGGCUCUGCUCCAAGGGGGAGCAAAAGGAUCCUUUAGUGCAUUGGUUGCAAAGAGCUUUACAGCUGUAAACCCCAGUAUAAAUGCCAAGGAUUUAUAAACUGGGAUGGAGCGAGUGGGAUGCUCACAAUGGGCAGGAGCUUCCCAGAGCGCACAGCCAGGUCACAGAAGCUGCUGGUCCUCUGCCACCGUUCUGAGAGCUGGGACAGCUCCAGGCUUCAGGGUCUGUCUAAACCCAGCACCAUAUUUGGACUUUACCUCAUAACUUCUCGCAGCUGUAGUGAAAUGCCAUAGUGCUGCCUGGGCUGGGCCGGGUCCCCAGUGUGGAGGGCUGCAUCACCUGGGCUCAAGGAGAGAGGAUGGACCCAGGAAGGGCUGUUUCCUUCUUGGCAUAAUGGUGUCUGACCUAAGACAUAGCACUUACCUGUCUGCAGCUUCUGGUCCUGUGUGUCCUGAGCAGCCUUAUUAAAAUACUGAUAUUCCCAAGGAGCAGUUGUGGGAGCAAAUUAGUCGGUUUUAUUUUACUUUCCUCAUCUUCAGGGUAGCAGAUUUCCAUGGUGCAAUAAGUCCUUUAAAAAACCCAAAGGGGAAGAGCACUGGGCUUCCCCACCCCAUCACAGGGCUGGCGAUCCCAAACCUGCCUCUGCUGCCACACUCCAGCGCCUUGCCGUGCCUCAGUUUCCCUGCCCAGCGUCCCCCUUCCCUACCUCGCAGGAGUGUUAGGAAUUACCAUUUCUGAAGCACUUUGAAGCCCUCUCGGGGAAGGCACUGGGGAAGGCACUGGAGACAUGUAUGUGCUGGAUGGAGCCCGGGGGAUUUGCCCUUCCCAAAGCAUCCCCACCGCCGUCACAUGCAGGACUUGUGCCCAUCACCUGGGGAACUUUUGCUCUUCCUUCCUCAACAGUGUAACAACCUUCAAACUGAAAUGUAUAUUUUUGCUAGAAGUACAAACCUCCAAGUGUUUUUAAUAAUAUAAAUAGUGUCCACAAACUGACUUGACUUCAAAUAAAUCUGAACUAAAUAUUUAAGAA